CACGCCCCGCCACGCCACGCGACGUGCGCCCUGCGUGCGCCGGACGCGCGGACACCUUUGUUGUUUCGAACGGCGGAGCGACGCGUCAGUGUUUCCCCGAGACCAAACAUCGCGUCGCGUCCUCGACUCGUCCACGUGUUGCUCCUCUCCUCAGUGCGGUGCGCGAAAAUGGAUCCGCGGCCGGUGCGCCCACACCGGGCGGAGCUGUGAAUCGGGGAGUGCGACAGAGAGGGGUGGCUGAAACAGCGAGCAGUGCAGUGAAGUGUGACGAUGGUGCAGUGUCAGUGUGUGUGAAAGUGAAUGUGAUUGAGGAUACACCCCGUCCACUCCGUCACCCCAUGAUGCCGGGCCUCCGCGGGCCCCUCCGCGGCCCCCUCCUGGCGGCGCUUGUCGCCCUGGUGCUGGUCCCAGCUGUCCCAGACGCGGCCGCUCAAGAGGUCAAGUGCGGCCACCCCGCCGUGCCGGUCAACGCCAGGGUGUCGCUCUCCAGCGAAGGCCUGGGCCCCAACACCGUGGCAACCUACACCUGUGACCCUGGAUACGAACUCUUCGGCGCGGCGACGACGAGCUGCUCCUCAUCGGGCCGAUGGCAGGGCGAGCUGCCCUUUUGCGGCACCAAUGUGGCGCUGCGCAAGCCGGCCAACCAGUCCACGACGGUGAGGGGCGGCGCGGCGGGCAACGCGAACGACGGCGACCUGAGCACCGUCCACGACGGCCGCCUGUGCACCGAGACGCAGCGGGAGCCGUCGCCCUGGUGGCGGGUGGACCUGCUCCGGCCGUACCCCGUGCGCACCGUCAGGAUCACCACGAGAGGCUGCUGCGGGCACCAGCCGCUCCAGGACCUGGAGAUCCGCGUCGGCAACAGCAGCCAUGACCUCCAGCGGAACCCGCUGUGCGCCUGGUUCCCGGGCACCAUGGAGGAGGGCGUCACCAAGAUGUUCAGCUGCGCGCGCGCCCUGGUCGGCCAGUACGUGUUCCUGCAGCUCGUCGGCGUCGAGGGGUCGCUGUCGCUGUGCGAGGUGCAGGUCUUCACAUCGGAAGAGUUCUCCGACGACCGGUGCGCGCCGGCGGGCGGCGCCGCGGACACGGAACUGGCGGCGUUCGACCGCGUGUGCUUCGAGCUGGCCGUCAAGUCGGGCGGCUCCUUCGAGGCGGCGCGGUCGGCGUGCCGCGCGCACGGCGGCGACCUGGUGCACGGCCUGUCCGGCGCCAGGAACCUCUUCCUGCUGGCCGAGCUGGAGCGCCGCAAGCAGACCCUCAAGACGCAGCUCGUGUGGAUCGGCGCGCAGAAGGACCCCGGCGUCGUGUCGCGCACCUGGCGCUGGGUCGACGGCGAGGUGGUGGUGCGCCCCGCCUGGGGCAAGGACCAGCCCAACAACUACAACGGCGAGCAGAACUGCGCCGUCCUGGACGGCGGCCGCGGCUGGCUGUGGAACGACGUGGGCUGCAACCUGGACUACCUGCACUGGGUCUGCAUGCACAUGCCCUCGUCCUGCGGCUCCCCGGACAAGCUGGUCAACACGACGGUGGUGGGCAGCAACCACUCGGUGCACGCCGUCAUCUCGUACCGCUGCCCCGAGGGCCACAUGCUGGUGGGCUCGGCGAACCGCACCUGCGCCAAGGACGGCUUCUGGACCGGCGAGGCGCCCAGCUGCAUGUACGUGGACUGCGGCGGCGUGACCGCCCCCGAGAACGGCGCCGUGAACCUCCUGGACGGCCGGACGACCCACGGCGCCGCGGCGCGCUACUCGUGCAACCUCAACUACACCCUGAUCGGCCAGGAGCGGCGCACGUGCGGCGACGGCGGCAAGUGGACGGGGGACCAGCCCAAGUGCCUGUUCGACUGGUGCGGCGAGCCCCCCGCGGUGCACGGCGGCUUCGUAGAGACCAGCGGCCGCAGGGCCGGCUCCAUCGCCACGUACUCGUGCCAGCCGGGGUUCAUCUUGUUCGGCACGGGGGUGGUGUCCUGCGGGCUGGGCGGCGAGUGGUCGGGCAAGGCCCCGCAGUGCAAGUACGUGGACUGCGGCGCGCCGCCCAUCAUCGACAACGGACACUACCGCCUGCUCAACGGCAGCACCACGUACGGCAGCAGCGUGGAGUACGUGUGCGACCAGGACUACUGGCUGGAGCCCGAGAACCAGGCGCGCCAGCUCUGCACCCGCGAGGGCAAGUGGUCGGGGGUCACGCCGUCCUGCGAGAAAAUCACCUGCGGCGAGCCUGAGGUGCCCGGCGGCGGCUACGUGGUGGGCAUCGACUACAACGUGCACUCCAGCAUCGAGUACCACUGCGACCCCGGGCACGUGCUUCGCGGCGAGCCGCACCGCCAGUGCAUGAACAGCGGCGACUGGUCCGGGGAAGCCCCGGCCUGCGAGUACGUGGACUGCGGGAAGGUGCCCACCAUGCUGUACGGCUCGGCGCACUACGCCAACAGCACCACCUACCUGGGCAGCGUCAUCACCUACUCGUGCGUGCGCAACUACCGCCUCGUCGGCGUGCAGUCCCGGCAGUGCCAGGAGAGCGGCCAGUGGAGCGACGGGUCGCCGCGCUGCGAAGAAAUCCGGUGCCCCGAGCCCGUGCUCGCCAACCACCGCAUCCUGACGGUGACCAACAACGACCGGCAGUACGGGCGCACGCUGAUCCGCACGGCCGAGAACGCCGCCUCCUCGUCCACCACCACGUACAAGAUCGGCGCCCUAGCCAAGUACCAGUGCGAGCGCGGCUACAAGGUGGUCGGCGAGACGCUGUCCACCUGCGAGGACAACGGCCAGUGGAGCGGGGAAGUCCCGCAGUGCAUCUUCGUGGACUGCGCCAUGCCCCAGCCCACGGCGCACGGCCGCUUCACGCUGGCCUCCAACAUGACGUACUACGGCGCGGCCGCCAUCUACGAGUGCGACGAGAACUACGAGCUGGACGGCCACGCGCGCCGCCUGUGCAUGGAGAACGGCACGUGGAGCUCCGACACGCCGGUGUGCAGGGAAAUCAUGUGCCCCGAGCUACAGAACGAAAACGGAAUCACGGUCCAAGUGUCGACGCGCAGCAUCGGCGGGGUCGCCCACUACCAGUGCCCUCGCGGACAGUUCAUGGAGGGCAACUCCACCAGGAUCUGCCUGAAGCGGGGGCGGUGGAGCAGCAAAAUCCCCAAAUGCUCAUGGGUCGAUUGCAAGCACCCUGGCCCUAUUGAAAAUGGACGUGUCAUCGUAAUGAAUGACACGACAACAUACAACAGUGCUGUGGAGUACCAUUGCAUACCACACUUCGAGCGGGUGGGUCCGUAUUUACGGAAGUGCAUGGAGGAUGGCCAGUGGUCUGGGGAAGAACCCACAUGUCAAUUGAGUACUGGAGAAGCAAGUGAGGCUCAGAAUCUGGGCUUACCAAUUGGUAUUGGAGCUGGUGUUCUUCUUUUCCUUCUCCUUGUCUUGGGCCUUAUCUACCUCCGACUUCGGAAAGAAAGACCCAUUAAGAACACAGAGAAUGUGCAAGCAGCACUCAGAAAAGAGGAUCAAAAUGCUGCAGUUAUGUCCUUCUCGACCUUGAAUGAUGGCACCAAUGGAGGUGUUACGCAUCUUUCUACAAAUAUUUAUGAAAACAUACAUGACCACACUGAUAACAUGUAUGAUGCCCCCUAUGAAGAAACUGAAAGGAGAAAUGGAAACCAUCAUUAUGAGGCUUCCCCUGUCAGCAGGCCAGGCAAUGGAGCUACCGUGACCAUCAACGGAGUAGCUGUUCGUUGAUAGGCCUCCUGAGCGACUAAGAUAAGAAAAUUGUGAUUGAUAAACAAGUUUCUAGUUGGGAGAAGUGAACCUAUUUUCAUCUUACUGAUGCUGCAAAGAACCAAAAUUCACUCUCCAGUGUCAGACAAUGAAGAAAUGAUGGACUUCCAGUGAAGCAUUUUUCUUUUUGUCAGGUUCUUUGUUGAUUUUGCUAGUGCCAAGUGACUAAGUCACAUAGAUCAGAAUUAGAUGAGGCAAAGCUGCCAUCAGGAACAAGCCACGAGGGUGCCAGAUAUUUAAAGGUUGCAAGGGCCAGGGCAUUGGAAUUGGAUUUUAAAUUAAAUCUUUUAUACUGUAAUAGGUAGCACUGCUCUCUACCUAUUUUAGCGAAUUUUAUCAUUUCAGGCCAAGGUCUAUCUUAAGAUUUUAAAAAUCGAUUUGCCUUCUUGUGUUCAGAAUUGUUUGGACUCUUUUUUUUUUUUUUUUUUUUUUUGUCUUUUGUGUAGUGAAGCCCAGUGAAAUAUCGAGUUUGCAACAGAUAAGAAUUAAAUGUGAUCUGUACUUCUGUGACAUCUAAUACUUCUCGCUGUAAUUUAUAUUGUUUUAAAAAUUUUGUUUAUGACAGUGUAAGAGAGAGUUUUAGGCUUGAGAAAUACCUCCUUAGUUGGCAAUGAAAAGGCUAUUCCAGACCACAGGGUGUUUCACAAUCAAGUUACAAACAUACGUAAAUGGCUUUAUUGCUCAACUUAAAAUAUUUUUGAAAGUUACUGUAUUGUGUAAGAACUAAACCUGAUGGUGGUAGUUUCCCACCAUUUGUUUUUCUCAUCAAAUAUGACUAUGAAAUGUUGUAAAUUGUAAAGGGUUACAAGUAAAAUUAUUUAUGUGUGUAUAUAAUAGUAGUUUUAUGUUUUAAGAUGUGAUGUUAUGCCAAUAGUUUGAGAAUGUUGCAGAGUGGCCAGUUAGUAAGUGAUAACUCAGUAUCAAAUUUUCUUGAACAGAACAGACAGACUGCAAGAAAAAUUACUGUAAAAGUGGUUGGUGAUGCUAGAUUGUAUUUCUGGUCACAUGCCCCUGUAAAUAGUUUAAGCUGAUUUUAAUGAGUGAUGUAGUUGUAAAAUGUUUGUUAAGUGUCCAGUCACAAACUACGUUCGUAGAUCGCAAUCGGCAAACAGUCCCUGAAACUGUGUGUCUCAAAGUUCAAUCUGAAAAUAAAAUGAAAUGUAUAUAAAACAAGUGUGUGUAUGAAUGAGUGUAAAUGUGAAUAAGAUUGAUUUCAGACUGAUGUUAAAGAAAUUUCUUGUGGAAGUUGUGUAAAUAUGUGAUUCAUGCCUGUUAAACAUAUCAAUAGGGGAGAACAUAAAUAAAAAUGAAUUGUUCAAAAUAGUACUGCAUUGCUGACAGCCAAUUAACAUGAAGUCAGGUUUAAAUUGAUUUGUCAGUGAUUGCUCAUGUUUUUGAAGUAUACAGCAUAUCUUUGUCCAUCUUGGAGAUCAUAAACUAGUUACAGUUUUAAAACAAUAUUACUGUUCUUUUUUCAUGUAGCGUUGACAGACAUGUAACUGCGUGAUAAUUGAAAUAAAUAAGCUGAUUCAACAGUGAA